AUGAGCCAAAUGUCCGUAAAAAACUUUCUAUUACAGAAUUUUGUGGACCCAGAUUUUAAGAUUACUAAAUAUUACGAUAUCAAAUCAAUUACAAAGAAGACUAUGAUUCAGUUUUUGUUGAAUUCCGUAGAAAUCUGCAAGAAGGAGAGCAUAUGUCUUCGAUUCAAUUCCACACUCGAUUUAAGUAACAACAGUGAAGCACCAAACAAUCAGCGAUGUCUGUUCAAUGAAGAUGAAUGGGAAAAAAUAAAAAAUGACUACGAUGCCAAAGCCAAAGUCAAAUUCGAGAAUAUCCCUGAAAGCACAAUGACGGAGCUGAAAGAUAUUGAAAAUCUUGCUGAAGGCAGUCUUACAAAAGCUUAUCGAGAAUGUUUGAUGAAUCAAGCGGAAUAUGCCUUUACUAAAGAAAAGACAUACAAACAAAUGAUGCAAAUAACACAGAACAAAAUAAAUUUGAUUGGCUAA